AGCAAACUCCGAACUGAAACGAGGGUUUAACGUUGUUCGCCUCUUUCUCUCAUUCUCUUGUUCACGCGCACGUUUUCAUCGUAGUUCUACCCUCACCAUUUUCUCACUUUGGUGCUUCCACCUAGGGCCUUAUCUUACUUCUGCUUUGGUAAUACUUCUUCUGGGUAGCUUUGCUUCAUUGUCUUAUGCUCUUUGUUUUGUAAAAAAAUAAUCUUUAAGUGCCAUUUGUUUUAGUCUCUCCAAAGUGGAUGUGGUGUUUCAUAUAUGUAUAUUUUGUAGUAUCGGCAAAAUUUACAUUUUCUGUGUUAGUUUGUUUGAUCAUUAACGGGCCCUUUGUUCGUUAUGCUUUUUAAUUAGAUGUGCUCGCCCAGUGAUCUAUCGAUUUUUCCCAUCUAUUUUUUUAUUUGUGAAGAGUUUUGGCCUUUAAUGCUGUUUCAAUUUCAAAUCGAUUUUGCUAUAGUUCGUCCCUCAUUUCUCAACUGCUUUGGAAUUUAUAUAGCUGCUGUAAUAAAUGUUCUGAUCUUUUUGUAUUAAUUCCUAAUAAUUUUUAUUUUCUUUUUCUUGAUUUAUUGUUUGCCUUAUGAUUAUGUGCUUCUUGGAUGGCUGCUGUUUUCCUGGGGUGAAAAUCAACAAAUAAAAUUGACAUAAUGAAUGAGCAUGAUAGAAUAAAUUGGUAAGACAUUUGGAGAUAAUAAAUGUUUGUAGCUUAUGUGUUACAAAUUCUUUGUUUUUUUUGAAUUUGCAAGUUGCAAGACAAGAAGAAAUCACAAAAAACCAGAUAUAAAAAUGGUUAGAUGAGUUCGUUAAAAUUUGAUGGAAUGGAAAAUGCAUCUGAAGCUAUAUGUAGAAACUAGAUAUGUUGUGAAAUAAUCUCUAAUAUACCGUAGGGUUUGUUCAUUUAUGUAUUAAUAAAUCAAACUGUUGUUUAGGUUUGUGGCAUCAGGAUAAUGUCAUAGGUUGGGCCAUAGUUGUUCCCUGGCCUGGUCAGUGGCUCUUAAGUCUUGACCCAGUCCUUUUUCCAGGUUGUUGAACAUUCCAGGUUUUAAAACAUUGCCUUCUACCAGCCAUAUUCUUAUCACUUCUAAAAUAUGGAAAACCCAGAUACAAAGCCGGCAAGUUCAUUCCCGCCACCACCACCAGUAGCUGCAGAAGAACCAGAGCCCAAGAAGCUGAAAAUGUCUACCACUACUUCUGAUGACGAAGAAUGCACAACUGCCACAGGCACCAAGAAAAGAUACAAGCGCCGUAAGAUUGCUAUUUUCUUUGCUUACUGCGGUGUUGGCUAUCAGGGUAUGCAAAAAAACCCUGGUGCCAAGACUAUUGAAGGUGAACUAGAAGAAGCCUUAUAUGCGUCUGGAGCUGUUCCUGAACAGGAUCGCGGAAAUCCUAAACGAUAUGACUGGGCUCGCUCCGCUAGAACUGAUAAGGGAGUCAGUGCUGUUGGUCAGGUUGUCUCAGGCCGGUUCUAUAUUGAUCCACCUGGCUUUGUUGAUCGCCUCAAUUCAAACCUUCCCUCUCAGAUACAGAUAUUUGGUUACAAGCGCGUGACAGGUUCUUUUAAUGCCAAGAAGUUUUGUGACCGGAGGAGGUAUGUCUAUCUCAUUCCUGUGUUUGCUCUUGAUCCAUGCUGUCAUCGUGAUAGAGAAACUGUCCUGGCCAGUUUGGGGUCUGAAAAUGAGCUUGUUAAGUGUUUGGAGUGUUCUGAGAGAGGCAGAAAGGUGGUAGGGUUAGUUGGUAAUGGUAAGCGCAAUAUGGAACUAGAAGCUGUGGAUGUUGAGGCUGGUAUUUCAUCAAACAGAAAUGCUGUGCAUAACUCUGGAGUUCCAGAGGAUGUGGAGGUUUCUUUGAGCAAAGUUGAUGGUAAUCAUUUAAAUGAGGAAUCCAGUAAUGAUAAUGAGGGAAGUGGGUUCUGCUAUGGUGAGAAGGAGAGGGAGAGAUUUAAUAGGAUUUUGAAAUAUUAUGUAGGGACUCAUAACUUCCAUAACUUUACCACCAGAACAAAAGCUGAGGAUCCCUCUGCUCAACGUUUCAUUAUUUCAUUUGAAGCAAACACCAUUGUUAUCGUUGAGGGCAUGGAAUUUGUGAAAUGUGAGGUUGUGGGACAGAGCUUCAUGCUUCAUCAGAUACGGAAGAUGAUGGGGCUUGCUGUGGCAAUCAUGAGGAAUUGUGCACAAGAGUCACUCAUCGAUAAAGCUUUGGAGAAGGAUGUUAACAUUAAUGUGCCUACUGCCCCUGAGGUUGGAUUAUAUUUGGAUGAGUGCUUCUUUUCUUCGUAUAACCAGAAGUGGAAAGAUAGCCAUGAAGAGUUGUCAAUGAAAGCAUAUGAAAAAGAAGCUGAAGGCUUUAAAAUGAAGUAUAUAUAUUCUCAUAUUGCUUCCACGGAACAGAAGGAUGGAACUGUUGCUCUUUGGUUGCAUUCUUUGAACCAUAGAAACUAUCCAGACCUGCGCCUUGUCAAUGAGGAAUGCAUCACUGAUAACAAGAGAGCUGAAAUUGAAGUUGACUGAGUGAACUGUUUCAUUGCACUUUCAAUGUAUAAACUCCUUUCUAAUUGAUUUUUGCCUUAUCAUUCACUAUUUCGGACCAAUUGUUAUUUGCCUAACAAUACUGCUUCGCAUCAUAUACAAUAUACACAAGGAAGGGAAA